AUUCAUCGAAGGCUCAUUAGCUCAUACUAAUAAACCCCGGUCGACGAGAGAUGGCCCCAUCCAUUAGUGUCGCCUUGCUCCUCUUCGCCGUCGUCGUCGCGGCGCCAUGGCUAGUGCAGCCAUCAUCCGCGGCGGCGUUCUCGUUCCCUCCAAUCUUCCCAUGCAUACCGGGGUUUCCUCGGAUCCCACUGUUCCCUUGCGUAGAGCCGCCGCCGUUGCCUGCGCCGCCGACGGAGUGCCGGUCGCACCUGAUGAAGAUGAUGCCGUGCGCGGGCUACCUCACCAACAGCAGCGUCACGGUGCCUCCCAGCGCAUGCUGCGACGGCUUCAGCCAGGUCAGCGCCGACUUGGCAGCGAUAUGCUUCUGCCACAUCGCCAACGGCGACAUCCAGCAGCUGCUGCCGGCGCCCAUGAUCUUCAAGCGCAUGCUCGCCAUCACGGACCAAUGCGGCGUCAAUCUACGGAUGGAAGCAUUGGUCCAACACUGCGACGAGUUUGAAGGCGUGCCGCCCAUGACGCUCCCUAGUCCUCCACCGUCAGCUGCUUAGCAUCAGGAUUAUCAGUUCUCUUGGAUAUGGGAAAAAAAAUAAAGCAGCGGAUUGCAGACAUGCUAAGUUAUCUAGCAGUAGAAUAAAAGCGUGGUAGCUAGGUUUAAGAUUUCUUGCUUAGGAAGUCAUAUGUAUCCUCUGAAUUAUGUGUAAUCAUAUUUAUCUCAAGGAUAUAUUAUUGUUUUGUGUUA